CAAAUGACUUGAAACUCGACAUGACGAUCAUACGUACUUGGACAGAAGUCUCGAUGCUGUGCUGGUGUCCGUAAAGGAGGGACGAUCACGGCUCGCGUAGACUGUAGAGCAUGAUCCAACGUGGCGGCCCCAUGCUGUGUGGGUUAUUUUGGUCGUGUGGUGGGUGGCGCUGUUGGAAUAUUUGCAACCAAGGUGAGCCACAUGGUGGGAUUACAGAGGUAGUGUGUGUGUGCCGCGAGUCAGGUUGGCAGUGGAGUCAGAUGUGUAUGUGUUCACCUUGGACAUGUCUGUCGGCCUAUCGAUCAGGGAUUCUUUUGUGGUGUACCCAGGACAUGGCCUCUGGAUUACGCGACUACAAGCUAGCGCGCUUGGCGUCAAAAGGCAGGCGCAGGUUGCAUUCGGAAAAUGACAAUGACGAGUUUGUGUCACAUCAACGAGAACUGAGGUGCAUGAUCUGAAAAUGCGAUACCGAUGUGCCUGAACGAUCCAAAAUAGCGGGACCGCGAACGAUGGUGGGUGGAUGGGUGGAGAGGCAGAGAUGGCGAGUACAUUGCAGGCAUGUUGAUUGAUUAAGGAAGAAAAAGGUACUGCGCUCGCCUGUCGCGGUUACCGGCCACC